AUGGGGGUAACGUCUCUGUCUGUGAGCACGCGGAAGACAGCAGAGACAUGUGGUGGUUCAAUGGGAUGGCCACGAGGGCGGCUCGUGGACGCUGUCCCUGCGAGUCGAAUUGAUCGAACGUCUCUGUCUGUGAACGCGCGGAAGGCAGCAGGGCAUCGGUCAAACUUGUCUGUCUGUGAACUUGCGGAAGGCGGCAGAGCGUGUGUUGACUUCAUGUUUUCCUCCUUGAAGGUGGGUAUCGUCGCCAUGAAUCGAACUGAUCGAACGGAACGUCUCUGUCUGUGA